AUGGAGUCUUCUAAGGAUGCCCAGGCCCCGGUUGGUGGCGAAAAGGCCUCGGCUCCCGCCAGCGAAGGCUCGCGCACCAGAGAGGCCAUGAAGUAUGGGGGCUCCUUGAUACUGAACACACACCCAAUCGACCCUCAGCAGCCCUUCGACUCACGGCACGUAGCUCCAGGCUUAGAUGCAGGCUUGACUGCCUUUGCACAGCUCGCUGCUUUGAGGCUCAACGUCUCUCGAUGCCUCAUCUCGCUUUUUGACCGCGACUACCAGUACGUGGUUGCUGAGGCUACGCAGUCGCUGUCCCUCGGUGUCGGUGCCGAAGCACCGGCAGAUUCGCACCAGCUUAUGCUCUCAGGCACUGCUAUCCCCCGCGGCACAAAUUGCCCAAACGAGCAGGUCCUCGAAACUCCGCCGACGAUUCACCAUGAGAAUGUCUCUGACCGAGGGUUUACGCCCUUUUCGCCCGUGCUAGUCGUGCCCAACCUCGCACAAGAUGAGCGCUUCUCCGAUGCUUUCUGCAGGCAAAACUGGCCCAAAACCCACUUUUACGCUGGAGUUCCGAUUCGCUCCAAGAAAGGUGUUAAUAUUGGAGUGUAUCAUGUGUACGACGACUUGCCACGAAGCGAGCUCGACUUUGGUGACAACGAGAAACAAUUCCUGCGCGAUAUGGCCAUCAUCGUCUGGCGCCAUCUCGAGUCUCGAGCCGCCGUUGAAAACAUCCACCGUGGAGAACGCAUGGUGCGUGGUUUGGGGUCAUUUGUCGAGGGUCAAGCCACACUCUCCUCUUCUACCGGCCAGUUCCAAGAUGCACCCGGACAGGUGGAGGGGUCCUUGAACCAGAGACAGCAGGGCCUUCAGCGAGACCGCGAUAAUAUUGCAGCCCUGAGUCCUGAAAACGAGAGGCUGCGUUUUCUUGGCAGCAGAUCACCCGAGACGAGGUCAAUCUUGCUAGAUCCCAAGACAGCCGCUACUAUCCCGAGAUCAGAAAGCCCAUCGACCGUUGAAGCGUCAGCCCACACUGUCGGUGCUACCGCGCUCCUUCACCGACCCACAAGUGUUACUGUGCCUGAUCCGUAUGUUGUGCAUCUCAAGCAAGCGUUCUCACGGGCCGCAAACAUUAUCAGAGAGUCUAUCGAGGUUCAAGGAGCCCUCUUCCUCGAUGCCAGCGUCGGUUCUUUUGGUGGGCUUGUCGAGGAUCGCAGGUCCAGAGAUUCUACUGAUUCCCACGGAUGGCGAUCCACUGCAUCUUCCAGCAACGACGAUCAGCCAAAAGGUGUUCAAUCACAAUCUCAUGGCGAGCCUGUGAGCUACUGUGACGUCUUCGGGUACUCUACCACCGGAGCAUCUAGUAUAGACGGCACGGCAUCGUUUUCCAAGCACACGCUGGUGCCAGAACGAUUGUUGAAAUCAUUGCUCCGCCGGUAUCCGGCUGGCAAAAUAUUCAGUUUUGACGUGGAUGGAGUGAUGCUGUCGGGAGGGUCCGAGACGGAUGAAGCGAAACACCCCUCCCCAUCACGUCCAAGGCCCAGUACCGACUCCGCCGCAAAGGGGAAGAAGAGAGUUGAUCGGGCUUUCAGUUCGCUCGAGGGCCAAGGUCAAGCCAUAACAACCCUAUUCCCUGGCGCGAGGAGUGUGGCCAUCGUUCCUUUAUGGGACCAAAUCAAGGAGAGGUGGUUUGCUGGUGGAUUCGUCUGGACGAACGCUCAAAAUCGCAUCUUCACCACAGAAGGGGAGCUCAGCUACCUCCGAGCAUAUGCGACAAUCAUGAUGGGUGAGGUACACCGCUUGAACGCCCUAAAUUCUGACAAGGUGAAGGGCGAUUUCCUCAGCUCCCUGAGUCACGAGUUGCGGUCUCCGCUCCACGGUGUCAUCGCUGCUGUUGACUUGCUCCACGGCACUACUCUGGAUGUCUUCCAAGGAGACGCAGUUCACAUUAUCGAGACCUCUGGCAGAACAUUGCUAGAUACACUUGAUCACUUACUCGAUCACAGCAAAGUCAACACCUUUAUGACAUCUUCGAAGCUUGCCCGAAGAGACAGAAAGGAACUGCCACCUAUGCCUGGCCAGAGACGAAAUAUGGAAGGUCUGGGAAUGAUGUCCAUGACAACGGAAACCCAGGUGGAUAGCCUCGUGGAAGAGGUUGUGGAAGCCGUUUUUGCCGGUUAUAACUUCCAGAGAAUGUCUGUUGCGCAACUGAAGGAAAAGGAGGUUGGCAUUCACGCUGACAACAGGGCACUCGGUCGCCUCGACAGUAGUGCUGCUACAGAAGCAUUCGGACACCAUCCGUUCUUUGCCGAUGCCAAUCGUCCUGGACUUGUUAUCUACCUAGAUUUGGACCCCACUGUUUCAUGGGAUUUUAAGACGCAGCCGGGAGCUCUAAGGCGUGUUGUUAUGAAUAUCCUUGGAAACUCGCUCAAAUUUACUCAGGAAGGGUUCGUAUGGGUCAGCUUGCGACAAGCCGAACUUCCAGCACGCGACCGGGUACAGAGAUCCAAAGUGGUGAUCACAAUAUCUGACUCCGGAAAGGGUAUCAGCGAAGAUUUUCUGCGCAAUGACCUCUUCAAGCCAUUCACGCAAGAGGACCGCCUUGUCCCAGGCACAGGGCUCGGAUUGAGUCUCGUCCACAGCAUCAGCAGGAUCCUCGGCGGCUCUUUAGCCAUCACCAGUCAGCUAGGCCGAGGCACUACAGCGCGCAUCGCGCUACCUUUACUUCGGUCAACAACCUCCGGCAGAAGGAAGGCCUUUCUUACCGAGCAAUUUGAGCAGGUACGAGGCUUACGGAUAUGCCUGAGAGGAUUUGAUAGGUGCUAUGACCGCGUCGUUGACAAGGUGCCCGAUCAGCCAUCCCAAGUCUCCGAAGCAGCGGUCAUGGAGAUGCUCUGCCGAGAUUGGCUCGGGAUGCAGGUCAUUCCCUUUGCCGCCGUGCAGGAGGACACUCCCGACUUGCUCCUGUACAGCGAAAAUGCUUUCAACAGCCUCGACGACGACGCAUCCCAGCCUGCGUUGCCCACUGUGAUUGUCUGUCAGAGUGCGCUGACUGCACAUGCUUUUACGAAUUCGCCCAGAAAGUCACGGCUUACAGAAUUCAUUUCUCAACCGGUUGGACCACGGAGGCUGGCCAGGUCAUUACUCCUUAGCCUGUACAGGAGGUUGAAGAGACCGUCAGCCUUCUCUUCGGACAGUCGAGCGAACACUUCUGACUCCCACACAUCAGAUUCCAGAUUGUCAGUGGAAGGAAAGUCGAGGAAAGACUCAGCGCUAGCUCCAGAGCCAUCGGACAGGCUGAGAAGCUCUCCGGACGUGUCAGACCAGGGUGUUGUGGCAUCUGCAGCGUUGAGCGACACUGGUUCUGCUGACAAUAAUUCCUCAGAAGACAUCCCACCGCGAUCGGGAGGCGAGGCAGAGGCACAAAAGCUACCUCUUAGUCCAGGCCCGACCGUUACAGCUGAAGAGGGAGGGCCCAUGCAGCCCAGCCCGUACAAGUACUUGCUUGUGGACGACAACGACAUCAAUCUCAAGAUUCUGGCCUCCUUCAUGAAAACGCUGGGCCACGAAUACGACACAGCCGUCAACGGUCUGGAGGCUCUGCAAAUGUAUACAACCAACCCGGAGCUCUACCCGUUUGUAUUGAUGGACAUUUCCAUGCCUUUGAUGGAUGGACUAGAGAGUACCCGGAAGAUACGGCAACUCGAGCGAUCCGAGAAGCUUAGGCCUGCGACGGUGAUUGCACUCACGGGGCUGGCAUCAGCUACUAUACAGCGCGAGGCCAUUGCGUCGGGCAUGGAUGUAUUCCUCACGAAGCCGGUGAACCUAAAGUCAUUACAACGAAUCCUUGCCGACUAUGCGAAAAGCAAGACUCGACACGAGUGA